UGCAGGACUCUUGCUAGCCGCCAGGAGACCAAGACCUAAAAAGAGACGGAUGCCCAAGGUCAAAUCGCUCCUGGGCGCACACCAGCAGUUCCACGGCCUCCUAUCGCCUGCCCAGGACCGCCCGGGCAACAUUUCUGCGCUGCUGGGACUCCGCCCGUCCCUUUGCAGCCCUCCCUACCCCGUCGCUCGUGCAGACCCAGCAGGACCCAGGGGCAGCCAGAGCGACAGACUAGUGUCUUUCAGGGCACCCGGCCGCUCCGACCGCCCUCCCCACAGCCAGGUCCCUCAGUCCCCUCCUCUGACCCCUCCCUCCCGUUCCUUCCUAGGCCUUUUCUGCUCCUCAUCCUAGGCUCCCUAGACUCCUCUGUUUCUGAUUCUUCUCUGGCCCCAAGUCUAGCUUCUCCUGUCCUCACCCUGGUCGCCUCCUCCCGGGUCCCCGCCACCCUCUCUGCGUACCGGGUGACGCAGCGCCGCCUCCCGCUCCCGCCUCCCCGCGUCACCGCCGGGCAGACUGCAGGGGCCGCUAACGGUCCCGCGCCCCCCCCGGUGUCCGCGCGCCCCGCGCCCGGCGGACGAGGCCGCGCCGGCGGCGAUGGGGGCAAUGGGGGCGGCGGAGCCGCUGCACUCCGUGCUGUGGGUGAAACGGCGACGCUGUGCCGUCAGCCUGGAGCCCGCGCGGGCUCUGCUACGCUGGUGGCGGAGCCCGGAGCCCGGGCCCUCCGCGCCGGGUGCCGAUGCCCGCUCGGUACUGGUGUCGGAGAUCAUCGCUGUUGAGGAAAAAGACGACUGCGAGAAACACGCCUCCAGUGGCCGAUGGCAUAAAAUGGAAAAUCCGUUCGCAUUCACAGUCCACCGUGUGAAGCGAGUACGACAUCACCGCUGGAAGUGGGCACGGGUGACCUUCUGGAGCGCCGACGAGCAGCUGUGUCACCUGUGGCUGCAGACCCUCCGUGGGCUGCUGGAGAGCCUGAGUACGUGGGCGAGCUUUCGGAUUUGUUGCCAGGCAGCACAGCUGUGGUGGCACGCGGGACUCAGUGACCUGACCCAGCUUCAAGACCGAAGCACUUGCUGGUAUUCAUCAACCCUUUCGGAGGGAAAGGUCAGGGCAAGCGCAUCUAUGAAAAAACAGUGGCGCCUCUGUUUACCUUGGCUUCCAUCACUACGGAGAUCAUCAUUACAGAGCAUGCCAACCAAGCCAAGGAGACUUUAUACGAGAUCAACACAGACAGCUAUGAUGGCAUCGUGUGCGUAGGUGGGGACGGCAUGUUCAGCGAGGUGCUGCAUGGGGUGAUUGGGAGGACGCAGCAGAGCGCUGGUAUCGACCCCAAUCACCCCCGAGCCGUGCUGGUGCCCAGUACCCUCAGGAUCGGCAUCAUACCCGCAGGGUCCACAGAUUGUGUGUGUUACUCAACAGUGGGCACAAACGACGCAGAGACAUCGGCUUUGCACAUCAUUAUUGGGGACUCACUGGCAAUAGACGUGUCCUCUGUGCACUACCAUAACACGCUGCUGCGGUACUCGGUUUCUCUGCUGGGCUACGGUUUCUACGGGGACUUAAUCAAGGACAGUGAAAAGAAACGGUGGAUGGGCCUCGUCCGGUAUGAUUUCUCAGGGUUGAAGACCUUUCUCUCUCAUCAGUACUAUGAAGGGACACUGUCCUUCCUCCCAGCACAGCACACGGUGGGAUCUCCACGGGACAAUAAACCCUGCCGGGCUGGGUGCUUCGUGUGCAGGCAGAGCAAGCAACAGCUGGAAGAAGAAGAGAAGAAAGCCCUGUAUGGCCUGGAGAACGCCGAGGAAAUGGAAGAGUGGCAAGUGACAUGUGGGAAGUUCCUGGCCAUCAAUGCCACCAACAUGUCCUGUGCUUGUCCUCGGAGCCCUGGGGGCCUGUCCCCAUUUGCCCAUCUGGGAGAUGGGUCUUCUGACCUCAUCCUUAUCCGGAAGUGCUCCAGGUUCAACUUCCUGAGAUUCCUCAUCCGGCACACGAACCAGGAGGACCAGUUCGACUUCACUUUCGUUGAAGUUUAUCGAGUCAAGAAAUUCCACUUCACGUCGAAGCACGUGGAAGACGAGGACAAUGACUCGAAGGAACAAGAGAAGCAGAAGUUUGGGAAGAUCUGCAAGGACAGACCCUCUUGCACUUGCUCAGCCUCCAGAAGCUCCUGGAACUGCGAUGGCGAAGUCAUGCACAGCCCGGCCAUUGAGGUCAGGGUCCACUGCCAGCUGGUGCGCCUCUUUGCUCGGGGAAUCGAGGAAGAGUCAUAAGCAAGAACCCCAAAGCCCAGGAGCUGUCGGCCUUGAGCUCGGGGAGUGUGGAAAUUACUUAAGAAAAAUUCGACAGACCAGUUAUGUUGAUAUAUCCAUUUGAAUUUAGAAAUUUAUUUUUGAUAGGUAAAUCUUGGUUUUUAGAAAAGACAGCUUUGUCAACAGUUCUGUAUCCAUACCUGGUACCCUCGGCCCCGCUUCCGAGUCGCUUUUCACUUCUUCUCAGCAAAUGGCACUUGCUGGUUCCGGGCAUUGGCUUCCUAGAUUUUAGCCAUGCCGACCGUGCAUAUUUCAAGACAGCCCCUUAGUGGGCUACACUGCAAUAAUUUUUAGGGACAUUAUAAUAUGACUACGUCCCAGGAAUCAGGUUACACCAUCUGGUCACAUGGGUAAAACCCGGUCACCUUGACCCCUUUGGUGGGACUUCCUCUGGAAUUGUCCGUGGCCAGGUUUGGGAAGGUAAAUAGCUGUCUUGGCCUCCGCUUUACACACACCUUCAUUUACGAUCAGGACGUCGCUAUGUGGCCCUUGCUGCACACCACAACUGACUCAGCGAGGUCCUCCGCACAGCCAUGCCUGCAGAGCAGGGCCAUGUCACAGCGAGAAGACACCCAGGGUGACGUCUCAUCCUCAGGAUCCCCCACGUCUGCUGCCAUCACAGCCGCAUCCCGUGAGACAAUUCAGCAAAGCGCCCACUUGGAAGCUUCAUUCUGUCAGCCCUGGUAGCCUGCACACCCUGGCCAAGGCAGUCUGAAGCACUGGCUAAGAGGAGGCUCCAUUUGGAAUCAAAGCACUUCUACAGCUGGGUUUUGAAAGAGGUAGGGGGUGGCGGGGACAGAGAGUCACUGACACACACAGAGGGUACUCGGUGAGUUCGAUACCACCCUCAACCUGACUGUCACCAGCGAAUGGUGGGUGAUCUCGGGUCACCCCCAGGUACUCUGGUGCAAGCCUUAUGUCUACUCCUGGUUCCACAUCCAUUCUUCCGCACUGUGGAUUCUGUUCUUAUUCAUAGCUUUCUCCCUAUCCAUCACGUCUUGGCUAUUUGCUCUGUCUCCACAAGGGGGCGCUAAGCUGCUCAGGCCGAAGCCCUGGGCGCAUGACCAGUUUUCCUCUGAAGGCAUUCCCAACCCAGGGGCUUCUCGGCCACAUACUAUGGCCUGUGCUGUGUCUCCAGAUGGAUGCAUCUGAAAUGUGUAUAAAAGGGUUUUAUGUGAAAUUCAGGCCUACACAGCUUAAACUUGACUUGCAAACGGGGAAGGGCACUGACUGUUACAAGAGCUGGUUUUAGGUUCUGCACUGGGGGAAGUGUGCAUCUCGUGCUGGUCCAGUUACUCGCUACAGAAUUCUGCAGGCCACACGGCUUUCCAGGUCCUCUUGCACUGACUUCUGUUUCGAGGCAUACACAAAAUCCUCUGUUUAGUAUUCAGUCCCAUCCAGACAAAAGAGCAGCUGUAAAGGCGGCCAUGUUCAGGGACCACUUUAAAGGCAGUUGUGCGGCGGUGCUAUUUAAUGAUUGUCGAGUAGAAAGCUGGCUAGAAAGAGUAAAUGAACUAGCAGUUUCUAUCCAGAUCUGUCCCUGGAUGGGCAGAGCCCAAAGGUGCCAGCCUAGCAGCUCUGUGAGUAGGUAGGCAGCCCUGGAGCAGCGUGAGGGCCGAUGCUCAGUUGUCCACCUCAAUGUGGCCCCUCGCCCCCGGCAUUCCAGAGGGGGCUCAGGGCCCGAGGCAGCUGUGGGUGCCCCUGGAUCUCAGGAAUUGCACUGUCCUCCAAGGACUCAGGUCUUCACUGACCUUGCUACAUGAUACCCACGCCCUGGUCCACCCCUGCCGCUGCCAGGGCUGGAGGAGAGAUGCAGUCAGAGGAUGCUUUGCCGGUGCUUAGCAGUGCAAGCCACGCUCGGAAUCUCCAACCCCGGCGCAGUCAUGGAGCAUCAUGAGUGUCAGACACUUAGGGCCCUUGACACGGCUGCGCAGGAUUGGGGGGGGGGGCGUGCUGACAUUCACAAGCAGUAGACAGUCUUCAUGAUGCUUUUUAGAUGCAAUACCCCAAACUUCCCGGGUCUUAGGUAUUUUAGGAGGAAAAAACAGGGGUAAAGGUUAGACAGUGGCAACUUAGGAUCCUGUUAGGGUCUGGCCCAUGUUUUAACUCCCACUGGUGCAUACCAAUUAGGCAACAGUCAUAAGCUGUAACUUAUUUUUGUUUAUGGAAACUAAGUAGUGGGAACGGGGACCGGGGAGCGGCUGGUUUCCCAGAGGAUGCUUCAGCCAAUGCAAUCUCCUGGAGCUGGGAGCACUGACUGGGAGCACUGACACAAGAAUGGCCCAAUUAUGCCUCCUGGUCUUGCUGGCUUCAAGAUUAGAAAGUGGCAUAUUUGAUCUGGUAUAUUUGAGAAGACAAAAAAAAUAAUAAUAAAGUUACUUUGGGCAGAC